CACCCUAAACAACGAGCUCUAUAUAUCUAGGCAUGAAACCAUUGGCGAAACCCCAAAAAUCACUUGAAAAUUGCAACAACAGCGAGAAAAAGCCCCACCCAUAAAUCCUUUUCCCGGCCGCUGAUCCCAACAAGCUGAAUUUUCCGGUGGCAUGGACCCUAACAUCUCCAACAACAGCAACAAAAGCAACAAAACUGAACAUAACUGGACAAACGAGGAACACCUGCACUUCUUGCAAUCAAUGGAGGCAUCGUUUGUCCGUACAAUGCUUGAAAACAAUGGCCCUCUCCUUCGUCUGGACCGGUACUUGCCUGACAGUUCAGAGUCAACUCUUGAUUUGAAAUCUCAGAGAAAGAAGAAACAUGGCACCCCAGAUGUUGUUGGUGCAUCAAGAACAAGAAUGGAGGGUAGAGUUGAUAAGAGAUCAACAAGGAGAUUUUCUUCCCACCAUAAGCAUUAUGAUCCUUCACAAGAUCAGGUGGUCCCACAGGCUGAUAUCAGAACGAAUGACAAAGAUGAAAGAGACCUUCCUAAUGUAGCAGUUGCACCGCCACCCGUGGCUCCAGCCAGCUGAUGAAAAAAGAUUCUUCCUGUAGUAGUGGCCUCUUUUCUUUUCCCUGUCAUGGUUUUUUUCUCCUUUCACCAGUAGCGGCUUGUUGUAAUGUUGGUGUAGCAUUAAUGCAUGAUUUGUGAGACAUUAUCAUGUUAUUAAUUAGUGUAUAAGCUAGUUACUAAAACAUACAAGAUCAUUAAUUAGGGCCAUUUCAUGAUUAAUUAGAACAAA